AACCCGAAGCUCUCCCACUCGCAACCCCAGUGUCUCGUCCCACAAAAACUGCCCACGCUCUAUCAGGCCUUUUCGAACGCGGACCCUGAAGAAUCAGGGUAAUUCCUUGACGAAGUCGGAUUUUACAGGGUGAUUUUUCGAGGGGCUCGGUUCGUCCGAGGUGGGAGAAAACUUAGCGAUAGCCCUGGUGGCGAGUCCAAUGGCUAAACUUCAUGGUCGGUCAAACCCCAGAACGCAAUCAUAGACGCCUGUGCAUUGGGCGUUGCGACGCUGCCCUGGUCGUGGUAAUCUACUGAGAGGCGUAGAUAAGAUCGACCAGCUUAGUGCCAUUCGCGAUUCGCCCUCCGGUUCAUUAGGUUACCAUGAUGAUGCGGGUUUGUCCUCCCCAGAAUCAGCGCCCCAUUUUUUCCCGCACGUUCGCAUCCCAACAGCAGCCUCCCCGCCAGGUCGCAUAUUCUCCGCUAGUGCGUCGUAACAGUCGCAUUACCGUCGCAUGGCAGCCCUGCGACAACGCUCGCACCAGGCGGCGAGAGACCACUCAACUGCUCCAACUUCACCACUCGCGACAAAACCCCCUCGCGGGGAGGCUGUUCCCGCCUCUCCCGCAGCUCGCAUCCGCGCAGGAUCAUCCCCCUUCUAAUCGCAGGAGCUCCCCGCCAAUUGCGGCGGUAUCCGGGGCAGCAUCAUCGUCAGCGGCGUCGGCAUUCCGCACCGCCCUGCGCCUCGGCUUGCUCCUUCUGGGCGGCACAGCGGCCUUCGCGGCGGCCGUCACCACUGUCGCAUCUGCCGUCUUUGUCGCGCUGGCAUGCGAUCGCGGGAUGGAUGGACGGCCAGGAUCCGCUCCUCGAGACUGGGGGGCGCUGUUUGAAGGGGGAGGGGGCGGGGUUGCGGGAAGCGGGGGAACUGGGGGAGGAGGGGGAGGGGGAGGCGGAGGGGGAGGGGGAGGAGAAGGGGGAAGCGGAGGGAUGGGGGGGAAUGGAGGGGCGGGGAGUGAAGGAGGUGGUGGAAGCAGUAGCGGCAGUGACGGUUGGGUAACGGGAAGGGGUAAUCAUGCCCCUGACAGUAAUGAGACGGAAGAUGAUCGUGCAUCAUCUUCCCAGGCUCAAAAUGAUGACUCGGAAGCCGCACCCCCGGUCUACAUCAUCAUUCCUGCUCUUAAUGAGGCAGCAGCGCUGCCAAUCACGCUCCGCCACCUGUCAAGACUCUCCCCGCCGCCAGCGGGGAUCAUCGUUGCCGACGGCGGCAGCACAGAUGGCACGCCGCGAUUGGCCGAAUCCAUGGGCGUUCUGGUGAUUCCCAGUGAGAGGGGCAGGUCUGUGCAGAUGAACUCAGGUGCAUGGAAGGCAGUGCAGCUGGUUCAGCAGGUGCAGCAGGUGCCAAUGCAAGGAGCGGAAGCAGGGGAACAUGGCAGCAGAGAUCAUCCACAGGGCCUCGUGGAGGAGAUUAUUGAGAAAAAGCAGAAUCAACUGACUGCACGCGGUGCUGUCAGUGGCAGUGGUGGAAGCAGCACAAUUGGCAGCAGCUCCAGCGGCGGCGGCAGCAGCAGCAGCAGCAGCACGAGCGGCAUCCUCUGUUUUGUUCACGCGGACACGCUCGUGCCUCUGGAUCUCGUCCCGCUGGUCAGGAGAACACUGCGCGACCCGUCGGUGUGCUGCGGGGGGUUUGUGCCCGUGGUGGCUGUGCCGGGGCGGGUCUUCUGGGGCAUGUGCAUCCGCAACGUGGCCAAGGCUUGGUACGUCCCGCUGCUUGCGCCCCCGAGGUAUGCUGCACUGCUUGCUGCCGCUAAGCCAUCAGUUGCAGUCGCCGUCCACAGCAGCAGCAGCAGCAGCAGCAGCAGCAGCAGCGGUGGCGGUAAUAGGGAGGUCAGCAGUGCAACUUCUGUGUGUUUCGGUGGUGUUGUGUCAUUCCUUCGUGGAAUGCGCAUGCUCUAUGGAGACCAAGCCAUGUUCUGCAGAGCUCAGGACUUCGAAGAUAUUGGAGGGUUUGAUGAGCGGCUUAGAAUUUUGGAAGAUGCUGACCUGUCGGAAAGGCUUCAUGUGAGUGGCUGGCAACAGACCACAGCAGUCACUGGGGAUGGUGUCAAAAGUGGUGGAGGAUCGGGGGAUGCUCCAGUGCUGAAAACGAAGCAUGGUGGUCGAAUGGUUAUGCUUCCGCGGGUGGUGGUUACUAGUGGGAGGAGAUUUGAGCAUCUAGGUGCCGUACAAGCCACCUUGGCUAACAUCAUCAUAGCCACUGCGUACAUAUUUAGAGCCUCACCCGAAGUGUUGUACAAACUCUAUAAAAGGUUGUACUCUGAUGUGAGGUAGCUGUAAGUAUGCUGUACAGUUUAUUUCGA